CUAUAAAUAGGUUGCAUUAACGUAGUGGAGUAUCAUUGAACUCCCAAUUUCUAUCAACUUCAUUCUAUAAAUUCCUUUCUCAAAACCUACGAACCCCCACCAGAGAAUGUCUUUUUUUCUUCUAGAAAAUAACACAAUGUCUCAAAUUCAAGAAUGUCCUACAUUAAUAUUACCACAUCAAACAAGUGAAAGAAUUAAUAAUGAAGUACCUCCUAGACGGGUAACUGCUCGAAUGAGUGUGCGUUAUAGUCCUCCUCGUUACGAUACUUCCCAGUGGAUUCGUGAUGCAAAUUUAAAUAGUAUUACUUAUAGUUACUAUGGAGUUGACGAAGACGAAGAAACAGACGACGAAGAAUAUAAUGAUAUGUAUGAUGAAGAAACUGAUGAAGAAGAAGAAACAGACGAAGAAGAUAAUAGUAAUGAGUUUGUGGACUAUGAUGUAUCGGAGUAUUUGGAAACAAUAACAUAUCAUGCUCCAGCGACUAUGGAUAUAGAUAAUUUUGAUGAACAAGAAGCAUGUGCUAUAUGCUUGUUUGAAUAUAAAGAUGAAGAUGACAUUGGCAAACUUCAAUGUGGCCAUGAGUUUCAUGUAGACUGCAUCAACAAGUGGCUGUUGAGGAAGGCAUCGUGUCCUUUUUGUAGAGCUCAAGUUUUUUCCGAACAUGAAUGUUGA